AUGGUAGUGUCGAGCGACACUCAUGCACAGCUGAAAUCAUCCUUCACGAAAAUCCAUCCAUUUAGCUCCAAAAUGCUUCAAUAUCUCCAAUUAAGCUCCAAACCUUAUACCUUCUCUUUGUUCUUACAUCACCCAUAUCUGUUUUCAGGGAGCUUCAAGGAUAUCGUUUUGUAAGGUGGACCUUAUGGACAUGGAAGACAAGUGAGGAAGCGAGCUAAUGUGACCAUUAGACUUUCCUCCAUGGUUCUGAAUCAUCAGAUAGCUCUUGUGGUCUUGAUGGAACAGCUUUACAGGUCAUGGACUAUUCUCAAGGGACAAAAUUACCAUCAUUCAGGAUGUAUGAAUCUCUAUUUUUGGUGUUCUUCUUUUGCUUUCUUGUGCUUAAAGAAACUGGAUUGCUAA